GCUUUAGCCAUGGCUAUAAGCAAGUAUUUAAACGUCAAGGUGACUAACAACAACAACGAAGUCUUCUUCAAAAUUAAGCGUAGCACUAAGCUAGAGAAGCUUAUAACAGCCUUCUACGAGCGGCAAGGCAAGACGCUUCUGUCAGUCAAGUUCUCCUUUAAGGGCUAG